GGCUACAAGUAAAACAUAAAAAAAAAAAAGAUUCAGGCCUGUGACUUUCGUUUUCCCAACUUUCAUUUUUGUGUGUGCUGUCAAAAAACAAAAAAUAUUUUUCAUACAAGUGUCAAGUGCUUAAAUUAAAUAAUAUAAAAUAUAUAAACAAGACUGAUGAUGGAUACCGCUUGGCGCUGUCGUCUCAUGAUCUUUGGCGUCGUCUCGCUGCUGCUGCUCGGCGAUCUCUUUGGCGGCUACAGCGUGCGCGGCAUCAAAACCGAGUCGAGCGACGCUGGAGCUCAAGCCAGAGCGGCUGGGGCGCCAACUGGACCCGCGUCCGGCAAGUUUCAGCAAAAGAAUGCCGAAAUCGAUAUAGGCGAAGAACACGAUUUUGAUGAGUUUAGCGCCGCAGCAGCAGCUUUGAAGCCCAUGAGCAGCAGCGUUGUAACUGGCGCCAAUCUGAAGACAAAGCCACAGCUUACAGACACCAUCAAGGAGUCCUGCUUGCCCAAAAUGUUGUGUGAGCUGGCGGCCAAGCCAGAGUAUCAGCUAAGCGAAAAGGAGCGUGAGCUGCUCAGGCUCAUAAGAUCACCUACAAUGCCUUGGAUGAUGAAUAUACCGCCUAGUAAAUGGUAUUUUGCUGCUCAUAUGGGUGAACUGAUGCGGCAUACGAGCGAUAAUCUUAGCGGACCCAUGGGCUGUGCAAAUCUCUGGCCAAAUUGCCCCAUUAGCUCUAAAAAGCUCAUGAAACUGAGCUACAAAGUGCGUGUUUAAACGCAAUUGUGAUCCAUGCCUAGACUUUAAGUACUCGUAUUAGUUCUACCUACUCUCAACUCAACGUUACGUGAACAGCUGUAUACACUACUAUAUAGUUAUAGACUCACACAGCUCUAGGCCUUUUGUUUGUUUUUUUUUCAACUGACUGAUGUGACAAUUUGUAAUUUUGUAGGCUUAAGUAUGUCUAAGUAAGUGUGGCUAGUCUAUUUAACUAAAUUAUGCAUAAUUUAUAUUUAAUUCAUAGUUUGUAAGCUUUGUGUAAAUAAAUACAGCUUGACUAUGUGCUGCUUCUUCUUUUAAUAAUAACAACAAUAUUUGCCAAGUCAUUGCCUGUCACGAUUUGUGCGCUCGCCACAGUUGAGAAACGCAUUUGGAAAAUAAAUUUUAAUUACAUUUUAAGUGCAUUUGAUUGUUAGGGAAGUAUAUUGUUUAAACUUUUUAGCUAAUGUCGAAGGUCAUUAGACAACUACUGCCAAUUUUUUAACUACCAAUAAUUGCCUAUAAGGCGUUCGAGCCCUACAACUUAGCGCGUUUUGUAGCUUUGGUUGCGCCCUAAUGAGCGUUAAUGAAAGUAAACAAAAAUUAUGACUCGCUUGAUUGUUGCUUUU